GGAGCGCGGGGCUGGAGCAGAGAGCGCGGGGCGCCGAGUGCGGGCGGCGGGCGGUGCGGAGCGGAGCGGGGCGAGGCGGCGGCCACAGCACCACCUCCCCGGAGAAAGGGCCGCUUAUGGCAUGUGGCUGGUAACUUUCCUCCUGCUCCUGGACUCUUUCCGCAAAGCCCGCCCCGAGGAUGUCGGCAGCAGCCUCUACUUUGUGAAUGCCUCGGUGCAGCACGUGACCUUCUCCAGCUCCGUGGGCGUGGUGGUGCCCUGCCCGGCCGCCGGCUCCCCCAGCGCGGCCCUUCGAUGGUACCUGGCCACGGGGGACGACAUCUACGACGUGCCGCACAUCCGGCACGUGCACGCCAACGGCACGCUGCAGCUCUACCCCUUCUCGCCCUCCGCCUUCAACAGCUUCAUUCACGACAAUGACUACUUCUGCACCGCGGAGAAUGCGGCCGGCAAGAUCCGCAGCCCGGACAUCCGCGUCAAAGCAGUUUUCAGGGAACCCUACACGGUCCGGGUGGAGGAUCAAAGGUCAAUGCGUGGCAACGUGGCCGUCUUCAAGUGCCUCAUCCCCUCCUCCGUGCAGGAAUACGUGAGCGUGGUGUCCUGGGAGAAGGACACGGUCCCCAUCGCCCCAGAAAACAGGUUUUUUAUCACUGCCCACGGCGGGCUGUACAUCUCCGACGUCCAGAAGGAGGACGCCCUGUCCACCUACCGCUGCAUCACCAAGCACAAGUACAGCGGGGAGACGCGGCAGAGCAACGGUGCCCGCCUCUCCGUGACAGAUCCUGCCGAGUCCGUCCCCACCAUCCUGGACGGCUUCCACUCCCAGGAGGUGAGGGCCGGCCUCACAGUGGAGCUGCCCUGCACGGCCUCCGGCUACCCGCUCCCGGCCAUCCGCUGGCUGAAGGACGGCCGGCCCCUCCCGGCCGACAGCCGCUGGACCAAGCGCAUCACAGGGCUGAGCAUCAGUGCCCUGCGGGCUGAGGACAGCGGCGCCUACAUCUGCGAGGUCACCAACACCUUCGGCUCUGCCGAGGUCACCGGCACCCUCACGGUGGUCGACCCGCUUCACGUGACCCUGACCCCAAAGAAGCUGAAGACGGGCAUCGGCAGCACUGUCAUCCUCUCGUGCGCGCUCAUGGGCUCCCCAGAAUUCUCCAUCCGCUGGUACCGCAACACAGAGCUGCUGAGGCCUGACGAGGCCGUGUCCAUCCGCGGGCUCAGCAACGAGACUCUGCUCAUCGCAUCUGCCCAGAAGAGCCACUCCGGGGCCUACCAGUGCUUUGCUACCCGCAAGGCCCAGACGGCCCAGGACUUCGCCAUUAUUGUACUGGAGGAUGGCACGCCCCGCAUCGUCUCGUCCUUCAGUGAGAAGGUGGUCAACCCUGGGGAGCAGUUCUCGCUGAUGUGUGCGGCCAAGGGUGCCCCGCCCCCCACCGUCACCUGGGCGCUGGACGAUGAGCCCCUGGAGCGGGACAGCAGCCACCGCACCAGCCAGUUCACCAUGUCGGACGGCACCACCAUCAGCCACAUGAACGUCACAGGCCCCCAGAUCCGUGACGGGGGCGUGUACCGGUGCACGGCGCGGAACUCGGUGGGCAGUGCUGAGUACCAGGCGCGAAUAAACGUAAGAGGACCCCCCAGCAUCCGGGCGAUGAGGAACAUCACCGCGGUGGCCGGGCGGGACACCCUGAUCAACUGCAGAGUCAUCGGCUACCCCUACUACUCCAUCAAGUGGUACAAGGACGCGCUGCUGCUGCCCGACAACCACCGCCAGGUGGUGUUCGAGAACGGCACCCUGAAGCUCAGCGACGUGCAGAAGGGCAUGGACGAAGGCGAGUACCUGUGCAGCGUGCUCAUCCAGCCCCAGCUCUCCAUCAGCCAGAGCGUGCAUGUGGCCGUCAAAGUGCCCCCUCUCAUCCAGCCCUUCGAGUUCCCGCCCGCCUCCAUCGGCCAGCUGCUGUACAUCCCCUGCGUGGUGUCCUCGGGGGACAUGCCCAUUCGCAUCACGUGGAGAAAGGACGGCCAGGUGAUCAUCUCGGGCUCGGGCGUGACCAUCGAGAGCAAAGAGUUCAUGAGCUCCCUGCAGAUCUCCAGCGUCUCCCUCAAGCACAACGGCAACUACACCUGCAUCGCCAGCAACGCGGCUGCCACGGUCAGCAGGGAGCGGCAGCUGAUCGUCCGAGUGCCCCCCCGGUUUGUGGUCCAGCCCAACAACCAGGAUGGCAUCUAUGGCAAGGCUGGGGUGCUCAACUGCUCUGUGGAUGGCUACCCCCCACCCAAGGUCAUGUGGAAGCAUGCCAAGGGGAGCGGGAACCCCCAGCAGUAUCACCCGGUGCCCCUCACCGGCCGCAUCCAGGUGCUGCCCAACAGCUCGCUGCUGAUCCGCCACGUCCUGGAAGAGGACAUCGGCUACUACCUCUGCCAGGCCAGCAACGGCGUGGGCACGGACAUCAGCAAGUCCAUGUUCCUCACGGUCAAGAUCCCGGCCAUGAUCACGUCCCAUCCCAACACCACCAUCGCCAUCAAGGGCCAGGCCAAGGAGCUGAACUGCACGGCGCGCGGUGAGCGGCCCAUCAUCAUCCGCUGGGAGAAGGGGGACACGGUCAUCGACCCCGACCGCGUCAUGCGCUACGCCAUUGCCACCAAGGACAAUGGCGACGAGGUGGUGUCCACGCUGAAGCUCCAGCCGGCGGACCGCGGGGAUUCCGUGUUCUUCAGCUGCCAUGCCAUCAACUCCUACGGGGAGGAUCGGGGCCUGAUCCAGCUCACCGUCCAAGAGCCCCCCGACCCCCCGGAGCUGGAGAUCCGGGAGGUGAAGGCCCGGAGCAUGAACUUGCGCUGGACGCAGCGUUUCGACGGGAACAGCAUCAUCACUGGUUUUGACAUUGAGUACAAGAACAAGUCAGAUUCCUGGGACUUCAAGCAGUCCACGCGCAACAUCUCCCCCACCAUCAACCAGGCCAACAUCGUGGACUUGCACCCGGCGUCCGUGUACAGCAUCCGCAUGUACUCCUUCAACAAGAUCGGCCGCAGCGAGCCGAGCAAGGAGCUCACCGUCAGCACGGAGGAGGCAGCUCCUGAUGGCCCCCCCAUGGAUGUCACCUUGCAGCCAGUGACGUCACAGAGUAUCCAGGUGACCUGGAAGGCCCCCAAGAAGGAGCUGCAGAACGGCGUGAUCCGGGGCUACCAGAUUGGCUACCGGGAGAACAGCCCUGGCAGCAACGGGCAGUACAGCAUCGUGGAGAUGAAGGCCACAGGGGACAGCGAGGUCUACACCCUGGACAACCUCAAGAAGUUCGCCCAGUAUGGGGUGGUGGUCCAGGCCUUCAACCGGGCCGGCACGGGGCCCUCAUCCAGCGAGAUCAAUGCCACCACGCUGGAGGACGUGCCCAGUCAGCCCCCCGAGAACGUGCGAGCCCUGUCCAUCACCUCCGAUGUGGCCGUGAUCUCGUGGUCGGAGCCCCCGCGCAGCACCCUCAAUGGCGUCCUCAAAGGAUACAGGGUCAUCUUCUGGUCCCUCUACGUGGACGGUGAAUGGGGAGAGAUGCAGAACAUCACCACGACGCGGGAGCGGGUGGAGCUGCGGGGCAUGGAGAAGUUCACCAACUACAGCGUCCAGGUGCUGGCCUACACGCAGGCGGGCGAUGGAGUGCGCAGCGGGGUCCUCUACAUCCAGACCAAGGAGGACGUUCCAGGUCCCCCCGCCGGCAUCAAAGCCGUCCCUUCAUCCGCCAGCAGCGUGGUGGUCUCCUGGCUGCCGCCCGCCAAGCCCAACGGGGUCAUCCGCAAGUACACCAUCUUCUGCUCCAGCCCCGGCUCUGGCCAGCCGGCGCCCAGCGAGUACGAGACCAGCCCAGAGCAACUGUUCUAUCGCAUCGCGCACCUGAACCGCGGGCAGCAGUACCUGCUGUGGGUGGCCGCCGUCACCUCGGCCGGCCGGGGCAACAGCAGCGACAAGGUCACCAUCGAGCCCGCUGGCAAGGCCCCUGCCAAGAUCAUCUCGUUCGGGGGCACCGUGACGACGCCGUGGAUGAGAGACGUGCGGCUUCCCUGCAACUCGGUGGGCGACCCGGCGCCUGCUGUGAAGUGGACCAAGGACAGCGAGCACCUGCCCAUCCCCACAUCCAUGGACGGGCACCGGCUCAUCCACACCAACGGCACGUUGCUGCUGCGUGCGGUGAGGGCCGAGGACUCGGGCUACUACACCUGCACCGCCACCAACACCGGCGGCUUCGACACCAUCAUCGUCAACCUCCUGGUGCAGGUGCCCCCCGACCAGCCCCGCCUCACGGUCUCCAAGACCUCCGCCUCGUCCAUCACCCUGACCUGGAUCCCUGGGGACAACGGCGGCAGCUCCAUCCGCGGCUUCGUGCUGCAAUACUCGGUGGACAACAGCGAGGAGUGGAAGGACGUGUUCAUCAGCUCGGGCGAGCGGGCCUUCAAGCUGGACGGCCUGCAGUGUGGCACGUGGUACAAGGUGAAGCUGGCCGCCAAGAACAGCGUGGGCUCGGGCCGGAUCAGCGAGAUCAUCGAGGCCAAGACCCACGGGCGGGAGCCCUCCUUCAGCAAGGACCAGCACCUCUUCACGCACAUCAACUCCACGCACGCCCGCCUCAACCUGCAGGGCUGGAACAACGGCGGCUGCCCCAUCACGGCCAUCACGCUCGAGUUCCGGCCCAAGGGCGCCUGGGCCUGGCAGGGGCUGCGGGCCAACAGCUCGGCCGAGGUCUUCCUCACCGAGCUGCGCGAGGCCACGUGGUACGAGCUGCGCAUGCGGGCCUGCAACAGCGCGGGCUGCGGCAACGAGACGGCCCAGUUCGCCACGCUGGACUACGACGGCAGCACCAUCCCCCCCAUCAAGUCUGCCCAAGGGGAGGGGGACGACGUGAAGAAGCUCUUCACCAUCGGCUGCCCGGUCAUCCUGGCCACGCUGGGGGUGGCCCUGCUCUUCAUCGUCCGCAAGAAGAGGAAGGAGAAGAGGCUCAAGCGGCUCCGAGAUGCCAAGAGUUUGGCAGAAAUGCUGAUCAGCAAGAACAACCGGAGCUUCGACACCCCCGUGAAGGGGCCGCCGCAGGGGCCUCGGCUACACAUCGACAUCCCCCGGGUCCAGCUGCUCAUCGAGGACAAGGAGGGCAUCAAGCAGCUGGGAGACGACAAGGCCACCAUCCCCGUGACCGACGCCGAGUUCAGCCAGGCCGUCAACCCGCAGAGUUUCUGCACAGGGGUGUCGCUGCACCACCCGGCCCUCAUCCAGAGCUCAGGGCCCCUCAUCGACAUGUCGGACAUCCGGCCGGGCACCAACCCGGUGUCCAGGAAGAACGUGAAGUCCACACACAGCACCCGGAACCGCUACUCCAGCCAGUGGACGCUGACCAAGUGCCAGGCGUCCACCCCCGCCCGCACCCUUGCCUCUGACUGGCGCACGGUGGGCUCUCAGCACGGGGUGACCGUCACUGAGAGUGACAGCUACAGCGCCAGCCUCUCGCAGGACACGGACAAGGGACGGAACAGCAUGGUGUCCACCGAGAGCGCGUCCUCCACCUACGAGGAGCUGGCGCGGGCGUACGAGCACGCCAAGCUGGAGGAGCAGCUGCAGCACGCCAAGUUCGAGAUCACCGAGUGCUUCGUCUCCGACAGCUCCUCGGACCAGAUGACCACGGGCACCAACGAGAACGCCGACAGCAUGACGUCUGUCAGCACGCCCUCCGAGCCGGGCAUCUGCCGCUUCACCGCCUCCCCGCCCAAACCGCAGGACGCCGACCGGGGCAAGAACGUGGCUGUGCCCAUCCCUCACCGGGCCAACAAGAGCGAGUACUGCAACCUCCCGCUCUACCCCAAGUCCGAGGCCUUCUUCCGGAAGAGCGAGGCGCGUGAGCCCUGCCCGCUGCUGCCGCCCCGGGAGGCCUCCGUGCGGAACCUGCCUCGCCCCUACCACCCCCCGGCCCGCCACCUCACCCUGGACACUGCCAGCAAGCCCCUGGGCCUCCCGCACGCCGGGGCGCCCGCGGCCGCCUCCACGGCCACCUUACCUCAGAGGACUCUGGCCAUGCCCGCGCCCCCCUCCGGCACGGCCCCCCCAGCCCCCGGCCCCGCCCCCGCCGAGCCCCCUCCAGCCCCCAGCGCUGCCCCUCCGGCCCCCAGCACCGAGCCCCCGCGGCCGGGGGGUCCCCACACCAAAAUGGGGGGUUCCAGGGACUCGCUUCUCGAGAUGAGCACGUCAGGGGUGGGGAGGUCGCAGAAGCAGGGGGCCGGGGCCUACUCGAAAUCCUACACCCUGGUGUAGGGGCGCCUUGAGAGAAGCUGACCCCCACCCC